UCCACAAACGAAACGAAUGAACGGUUCGGAGGGGAGACUGAGACACGAGAGCAUCAUCAAGUCUUGGCUUGCGCGCAGAGCCCACCGGAGAUAUCAGCUGCAGAAACAGCGGCAAUGAAAUGGACUGCCGUCAGACGAUCAGCCCUGGUGCUCGUAUGGGUAUGGCCGUGAAAGUUGCCUUGGGCAAUGACGCAUCAAGGUUGUGGAAAGGCACCCACCCACCUUCAAUCCUGUCUGUCUGUCUCAGCAGAAUGCCUACUGUCGAGCGGCAUGCGCCUAGACGCUCAACAACACGACGCCCUGCUGGGAGCAGGAGAGGCGACCAGGCGACCAGCACAUUUCGUCUGAGCAUCGGGUGCGCAUGGUGCUUGCUUGCACUUUGGGUCGGCUACAACUGGCGACCGGGCACGGGAAUGUACGAUGAGAAAACUGCAGGUGUUUGGGGCCACUCCAGUCGCAGAGGUCAUGCGCGCUGUCGCGUCUGCGUCAAGGUGGUAGCGCAGCGCAGCGCGGCAGGGAAAGACCGGACCCGCUGGCUCGCCCAGCAAGCGCUACAAUGCGCCAUGUCCGUCCAGUCCAGUCUCCAGUCCAUGAGCCCACGAACCCUGCUCAGGUAUGUCCAGUCCCUCUACAGUGCAGACAUACAUGUAAUGCAGCAAGUCAGCAGGACUAGAGGACUGGAGACGGGAGGCAAAAAGGACUGAAGAAACCUAGCUGUACGGUACUGACUGACCAUACCCCUACGGUACCGCUCUAUACAGUACUGCUCUGCCACCCCAGGGGCCCAGGCGGAUGUACCUUCCUUCUGGCACACGGCUGCCUGGUACUUCUUCCACUUUGUCCAAGCGAGACAACCUGAAGCAUCUCUCGCGCUGCUCAGCUUUCUGCACGCGCACAUGAUGCUGCGAUGGCAAGAAAUGUAGCUGCCAG